UCCCUGCCCCGCCCCGCCCGCCGUCCCCCGCUUGGCUUCCAGCGCCGCUUGCGCUCCAGAGCGCUGGCUCUGCUGGCGCUGAGAAAUGGACCAAUUUUGACAAGAUAUAGUGCUGCAGCGUGCCUGAUGGGACAUAUUCAGUCAUGGCAUCCGAACUUUGUAAGACGAUCUCUGUGGCAAGGCUAGAAAAGCACAAGAAUUUGUUCUUAAAUUAUAGGAAUCUGCACCAUUUUCCAUUGGAGUUACUGAAAGAUGAGGGACUGCAGUACUUGGAGAGACUCUAUAUGAAAAGGAACUCCCUGACAUCCUUGCCAGAAAACCUUGCUCAGAAGCUUCCAAACCUUGUGGAACUAUACCUGCACUCAAAUAACAUAGUUGUGGUUCCGGAAGCCAUUGGGUCUCUUGUAAAACUCCAAUGUCUGGAUCUUAGUGACAAUGCCUUAGAAAUUGUUUGCCCAGAAAUUGGUCGUCUGAGAGCUUUACGUCAUCUUCGAUUAGCUAAUAACCAACUGCAAUUCCUACCUCCAGACCAUGAGAACAUUGCCUGUGAACACAGUUGGACUAACCGCUACUUGAGAUGUGUGUUGUUCCAUAAGUACCUCACUGUGGACCGAAAUCGUCUAUGGUAUGUGCCGCGCCAUCUCUGCCAGCUGCCCAGCCUCAAUGAGCUCUCCAUGGCUGGAAACCGUCUUGCAUUUUUGCCACUUGAUUUAGGUCGAUCUCGAGAACUACAAUAUGUAUACGUGGAUAACAACAUUCACCUGAAAGGCUUGCCAUCUUAUCUGUACAAUAAAGUCAUCGGGUGCAGUGGCUGUGGUGCUCCCAUUCAAGUUUCCGAGGUGAAGCUGCUUUCCUUUUCAUCAGGGCAGCGAACCGUUUUCCUCCCAGCUGAGGUGAAGGCCAUAGGGACAGAGCAUGAUCAUGUCCUCCCUCUGCAGGAAUUGGCCAUGAGAAGGCUGUAUCAGACCUACCACAGCUUGCUGAAAGAUUUGAACUUUCUGUCUCCAAUCUCGUUACCCAGAAGUCUCCUAGAGCUGCUGCACUGCCCUCUGGGGCACUGUCAUCGGUGUAGUGAGCCUAUGUUUACCAUCGUCUACCCCAAGCUCUUUCCCUUGAGAGAGACGCCAAUGGCAGGGCUGCACCAGUGGAAGACAACUGUUAGUUUUGUGGCUUACUGCUGCUCCACCCAGUGUCUGCAGACUUUUGACCUGCUGAGUUGAUAAACAAUCAAGAACCUCAGGAGCGCUGCCAGCUUGACACUGGGGAAUCCAGCCAGUCCAGCACACUCUUCCAUCCUGUCCUGUCCAAUGCGGGGGCACUGCAGAACUCUCUGGAAAUGUCAUGAUUGAGCUUCAGAGCUAAAAUACCUUCACCCUUCCCCCAAGUUGGAAUAUAUCCUCCCCCAAAUUAAGGACCCAUUUGUCUUCUGUGUUUUUCCUUUUUAUGUGAGUGUGUCUUUUACAGAAACCAUUUAGAUUGAUGGGCCUCCCCAAAUCUAAUUUAAAGCAAGUUUCAGGUCCUUGGAGAACAGUGACUUGAUCAUCUAGCCAGAUUCCCUUUUGAACACACAUACCUUCAGUGAUGCUUCCUCUCCUCUCCCUUGCUUUCCCCAGAGAGUUAUUUCCCUGAGACCAUGUUCUCCACAGUGUCUCCGGUGGAAACUUGUCAGUUUUUGAGGAGUUUCAGCAAACCCCGUGGCCUCAAUGGUCUUGAGUAGCAGGGUGGGGCGCCUGAGUUGGCGGCAAAGUGAGGCUCCCAUGGAGGCUCAGUGAGGGUCCCAGAGCACACACCCUCUGGAAAGUUCCAGCCUUGUUUAUACGUUCUACAAUGUAGCAACAGACUUUUGUGAGGGAUUUUAAAAACAAAAAUGUAGAUUGUAAUGAAAUACGCUUCUUGUUUUUUAAAAGUGUUUGCAGAAAAAUGAUUUUUGAAGUUUUUAAAUUUCCUGAUAAGAUUUUUUUUAUAUGAGAAGAAUUUGAGGAAUAUUUGAAGCUUUACAAGAUCUGAUUUUUUUCUUUCUCAAUAUAAACAGUUUCCAUACAAUGAGAAAGGGGGAGAAAACACACAUUGAAAUAAGACCUCCGUGUUCUUUUUUGAUGGGUUUAUGAUUCAGUUUAUACUGACUUUGAAAUAUUUUUGUCACAUGUGAAAGACAGGCUUCAGCUACUUCCACUACUGGUUUUUAACAGGAUGAUUCAAAGUACAGCCCGUGCACAUUUACUUAGUCACCUGGUGCACCACACUGUCUUCACGUUGACCCUCGUUUCUUGUAUACUUAGCUUACUGCCCAGAUGCAACUGAGAAAAUACAGGAAAAGCAGGUCCAAAUUCAGCCUUCGGCUUCUGCAAAAGUCCAUAAACAGAAAGUCUGUGAGCCUCCACCCUGCCAGAAAGAACUCUUCAUGAAGGAGUCACGUAUUUGCUCUUCCUUUCAAAGGAUGGCAUUUUAAUGUUGCUUUGCUGCCAGAUGUUCAUCUGCUUGCUGUGAAGUGAUUCUUUUUUUAAAAUGUUUUUUAAUGAUGUAAGUUUUCUAAAAGGCAGGGCUGAAUGGAGAACCAAGAAUUUGCUUGGUAGAAAAAUUAUUUUUUUUAAAUUUCAGACUUAUCAAAAAUUUGGUUGAGGGAAUUUUUAUUAGCUGCCCUGACUUUAUAAUGCUACGCUUUUAACAGUGCCAAAAAUCCUACAUAGUUACUGACAAAUGUGUGAUCUUUUUACAGUCACACCACCUGCUGCCCGGAAAGCACACCAUCCACGUAGAAUGGAGAAGGCAGAAAGUUACCUUGUGUUCCCACUGUAUCUGCACUGUUCUUACUUCCUCUUGUCCCUUUUCAUAUCUUGGUCUAUUCAGCCUUAACAUUUCAAAGGCUUAUAGUAAAAUAGGAACUGAAGAUCUGUAUCAAAAUGUAACACUUUCAUCCUUUGGAAUAAUUGAAGUUUAACAUAACCUCUACAUGUAUAUAAGUUAGCUGGUGAAAAUGUGGCAUGAAACUUCACAAUUGUGCUUCAGGCCUAAGUGACUGCUACCUAUCAUUUAAGUGACAGUAAAUGUCUUGCUACAUUUUUCUAUUUCAUCCUCUACAAUCAUAUGUCAUGGAAUGGAGCUAUGAAAUGUGCUAACUUGGUAUUCAGGAUUCUCAUUGUGAUAAGGUAAUACAUUAGUUUUACCUUGUUUGAAAUUUUACAAAAAUGCUUACAAUCCAGGCAUUCUUUCUCUACCUAUUAUGAACUACGGUGUGUUAAACAACAGCAGUGGGCUGGGCAGACAACCUUUGGGCAGUCUCAACCUUAAUCCUUGGGUACAGCACCUGAACUUAAUUGAUGAGAAGUGGAACUUAAAUGGUUUCCCUGGUGCUGUUCAUUAUGGAAAUUUUAUGCUGGAUUUAUCGAUGUCAUUCUUAAUCUUUUGAUACUAUAAAAAUUUAAUCCAGUUACCAACUGGAGAAAAUUUGCCUACGUGCUAUAUAUUUGAAUUGUGUCCAAAGCUUUGCAGAAAAGCAAAUCUGAAGUUAUUAUAUAUGUUGUUUUCUUGAGCAACAGUUACACUAGGUGGAAAAGUAUUUCACACAAUAAUAGUAAUGCAAAAAAAGUGAGCUACUUGGAAAGUAUCAUCUCUGUUCAGGUAAGUUUACUUCAGUGAACUCUUGUGUGGUUAGUGAUAAAUUUUAAAGUCCAGGAUAGCCUCAUGAGCAUAGGCCUUCCUAUGAUGUAGUGCAAAGGGGGCCCAUUUUAGUGGAUUACCCUAUCAGUGUUCUUCAGUAUGUCCAAUUGUUACCAUACCAAAAACCUUAAUUACAUAACAUUGUGUGGGUGAAAUGCUGCAUCUUCAGUUAAUACAUGUUUUGAGCACACUCUUAAAAUACAUAAUAAUUAAAUGAUCCCUAUUCAAAAGAACCCUGGCCUGGGUGGAGGAUCCACUCUGGCUAACAGAUAAGAGUGAUGAACUUCUUUGUUACCUAACCCUUCUCUUCUGGAAAAGUGAGGUGUACAUUAAACAUCUUUUGGUCACCGUGCCUCACUAAGACCUUUCACAUUCCAGCUUGUCCGACUAGUGUAAUGUACAUCUCACUUCUGUUUUACGUUGAGCAUUACGAAUUAAAAUCUUUACAGUCUAGGGGAAAAAAAAGGCUUCAAUACCAGUUGGCUUAUGAGGCUCUGCAUAUAAUUUUCUCUAAAAUAUAUAACUAUUUUGUAGUCUCUGGGGACUUUCAAAGCCAAUUUUUAAAAUUAGUAGUAGUAAAGUUUUUUCCCUUUCCUGAAUGAAAAAUCAGAAAUUCUAAUCUUUGCUAUAAAGUACUUAAACACAAUACAUUGCCUCAGCAUAAAUAAAAACAUUUUUAUUAAGAUGAUUUAUGAACAUGGAUUUCUAACUGGACCAACACUAAUGUUGCAACCUGAUAUAAUUAAAAUUUGAGAUGUAAAUUCAUUUCACAGACUCAUAAA